CGCCUUCGAGCUUACUCACUCGGCUCCGAGUGUCCCUUCCCCUGGUUCGGAUGCUUGAAGCUUCAACCUUCCGACCUCCGACAGCCCACAGAUCCUUUCUCGGCCAUAAUCAAUCUGCCAUCACAAAAGGGAGGCCAAAGGAUCCAUAGACGAGUAGAAAUUAGAGACACCAUGAUGGCGGCAGCAGUACUAGUAAGAAUAAUAGGCCUCCUGUCGUUGGUAUCCUUGUUGGCGUCCGCCAGGGCAUUUACUCCCGUGGCUCUUCUUCGCACUCGAGGAGGAGGAUGCCAUCAAGAUUCUUCCCUCGACCAGUCGACCACUCCAGAAGUGCCCAAGGAGGAACUGGAAAUCUUUGAACGGUUUUCCAACUUUCUCCAAGCCAAACAACGAGAAAUCAUUGCCCAAAUUGAAGAAAUCGAUGGAUCCGGGCAAACCUUUUCCAAGAAUACAUGGGGAAUCUUUGAUACGGACAGCGACGAUUUGCCCAAAGUGGGUGCCGGUGGUAUUACCCGUGUCAUUCAAGGUGGCAACGUUGUGGAAAAGGGCGCUUGCUCCUUGACAAUCAUUCAAAAUGGAGUCCUCUCGGCGGAACGAGCCGCGGCCAUUCGAGCACGACAACCCAAAGAUGAUGAUGACGACGACGAAGAUGAUGACUUUUUGAUUGGAUCGGGAGACUUUUAUUCGGCGGCUGCCCUCAGUAUCGUCUUGCAUUCUCGGUCUCCCAUGGUGCCUACGUUUCGAUCGGAUGUACGCAUAUUCCUCGUUCAGGAUGUGUCUUCCAAAGAAAGGACACGGCCCGUCAUGGCGUGGUUUGGAGGAGGGGCUGACUUGACACCGUAUUAUUUGAUUGAAGAAGACAUUCGAUUCUUUCACAACAAAUACAAGGAAGUCUGCGAAUCCUACGGACAAAGUUAUCCCGACAUGAAAAAGUGCUGCGAUGACUACUUUUAUUUGCCGGCACGGUCCGAACACCGAGGGACGGGUGGCAUUUUCUUUGAUGACAUGGAAGCCGACGAAGAAGGAGUCCUGGACUUUGUACAGGCCGUGGCCGAUGCAUGGAUGCCCUCCUGGUUGCCCAUUGUGGAAAAACGACAACCUCUCGACUACACGGACGAACAAAAGCAAUGGCAAAAACUACGUCGUGGACGGUAUUUGGAAUUCAAUCUACUCUAUGACCGAGGCGUCAAGUUUGGACUGCAAACUGCCAAUCCGCGCGUCGAGGGUGUCAUGGUCUCGGCUCCACCGGAAAUUGCAUUUGAAUACAAUCAUGUAGUAGCAGAAGGAAGUGAAGAAGAGAAACUCAUGAAGAUUCUCAAGAAUCCCAUUGACUGGGUCUGA